CACUCAACCCUCGGAUAUGGGUAAUUCCAGAGAAGGGCACGCGGUAGGAUACGUCCUCCUAGCAUUCGUUGUGGUAUGUGGAGCUGCAGAACAAGGAGCAAGUAUCCCGGGAGUAGAGUUAAGGGCACGCGACUCCUCCCUCUGUCUGACGAAGGAGAAAGUACCUGACCUGGGGACCGAUUUCGUCAUCUGUGCCUUCCUACAACCUCUCCACCAGGAUCAACACCAGUACGAUGACGAAGGGGCUGACGAAGGGGUUGAUGAAGGGGUUGACGAAGAGGAUGAAGAGGAGGAGGAGGAGGACGAAGAGGAGGGCUACCAGGGGAUAUCAGAUCCAACCAUCUUCACCCUUAAUAUGGACGGUGUGGUGAUGAGAGCCAGUGUGUCGCCAUCGUCACAACUACAAGUACAGUACGGGAACACCUCCUACGCCUUUGACGAGACGCUGGUGGCUGGGGUGUGGCGGCGGGUGUGUGUGUACACUGACGCUGAGGAAGACAAGGUGGGUGUAAAGUUAAACCUGUAUUUAACAGACUAUAUGAAAGGUUAGUCCGUUAAAUUGAAGUCCGUU